GCUUCCAAACAUCCAUUUGUAACAGGAGAGCCAUUCACAUGCCCCUAUAAACCUCUCCCAGAGACCCCACGCAUGCCUGUUGGUCAAAAUAUGAAGGUGGACCAUCACCCAGGGGGAGGGCAUUGGUUUGCUGCUGGUCUCUCUCCUCAGGUUUUAGGCAUGAACAGAGGUGCUUCACAGAAUGGUCCGCAUUUUCAGGUGGCACAAUACUCUCAUGCUAGUAGUUAUGGCAGUUUGGGAAGUCAUGGUAGCUAUAAUGAUGGUGCUGCACUUGGAAGCAGUUAUGGAAGCUAUGGGGAUAGUAACAGUAUGCAUUCAUAUUAUUCACCUGUUGGUCCUUCUGGCUUGAGCAUCCAUGCACAAGGUGGUGUAUCAAUACUUGGAGCUAGUCCUGAUGCUAGGCGAAGGAAUUCUCAACUCUCUCAUGGAAAUAGCCUUGGUGUCAGCCCAUCUGCUGGAAAUUUCAUUCCAAUGUCUCUAGGUGCAAGCCCCUCGCAGUUUACUCCUCCUAGCUCCCACAUUCAGGUUUCAUCUGCGUCUCCAGGAAAGUAUGGCCCCACUUCCCCUGCAAGAAGUAGUGGUGUUCAUGGAUCACCAUUGGGCAAAAUGGCUGCUGUUAGCCAUUUCAACAGAAGAAGUUGGGGAUACCAAGGAAGUAUGCAGUCUCAGGAGUCUGCAUCAUGGCAAGGGCACCAUACUGAUACUGGAAGCUGUAGUCACCCUGAGGGGAGCUCCCGUGGACAUGGUGGCUCUCCUCGGAGUACACAGUCAUCUACUUUUCUGAGCUGGAGAAAUCAAAGGGGAGGAGGCAGCAGUGUCACUUCAGGAUACUCGUCAACCAAUCAGAAUGUAUCAGGUUCCUUUGCACCUAACCCUAAUGUGCCGUUUUCACAAGCCACAGAAACUGUUUGUGACAAGCCUGAAAGCAGCUCAUCACUGCCUCAUCCUGGAGACUGGGAUCCCAAUUACAGCGACGAACUUCUGUUGCAUGAUGAUGGUUCUGAUACAAGUUCUAUAACCUCUGAGUUGGCAAAUGGGCUGCACCUUACUCGUGCUUCGGAUUCAACAGUUCAAGUGGCCGGGAUUAGAAGAUUCAAUCGCAACUCUAACCAGGCACAAACAAGUACAAACUUACCCAUCCAGAGAAACAACGUUCAAGCUUACCCACAUGUAGAGUUUGGCAGCCCUCCAUCCCAUGAUAUGUAUGCUGGUUAUGGCCGCAAGCCUUCGCAUCUCAUGCCUCACUUCUCAUCAAAUUCUCUGAGCCGCUUUGGCCAGCAACCUCCGCAGCAGUUAAACCAGUCGACUUUUGUUCGUGGUGGUGAUUGGAAUCAUCCAAAGGUUCGGGCUCCACCCAACUGUACUACUGGGGGUCCAAGUUCUCCUAGCAAUAGCUCAUUUGCUAACGGCAUGAACUGGGGACGUGGCUCUGGUCAUCCCAUCACCACCAUUCCUCCAACAUCCCAUGCAAGAAAGGACUAUGGGAGGAUAACAUAAUGUUGAAGACCAGUACAUCUUCCCUUGCAGGACGGUUCAUGUAUUCUUUUGUUGCCAAGGAAUUUGUAUUUGAUAGUUCUAUUUGCGUUGCAGGCUUGUGCAAUCUAUGGAUAUCUUUCAGAUCUUUUUGAUCAAUUGUGGUUUCAUAAAUAUAAUUUAUGAUUAUGGAAUCUUCAUCUUCUUUGUGCCA